GAUGCCUUCAGGAAGGCGAGGCCGGUGAGCGGGGCCGGGAUCGCUGCCGCCGCCGCCGCCGCCAUCACCGAAAGGCCGCGGUUUGGGUACCGGGCCGCGUCGCCAUGGCGACGGCUCCGCCACCUUCCCGGCAAGCCCCGCGCCGCCGGCGGCACAUCCGGGAAGCCGUUGCUAUGGCGGCGGGCGCCUUCCGCGGCCUAGUCGCUGUGCUGGAGACCUACCGCGGCCGCGACCGGGUGGUCCGUGCGCUUUGCUAUGGCUGUCAGCUGGCGGGCGGAGCGCUGGCCGGGCCUCAGGCCUCGCCAUCCGGGCUGCCCGGGAGCCUCCUGGCCGUGUCGGCCCAGCUGAGCGCCUGCCGCACCGCCCUCCGCCUCUUCGACGACUUCGCCAUGCUCAGCUACAGCUGCAGCUACGGGCUGGGCCCUAAGGAUGAGGACACUUUGGUGCGGGCGCUGUCGGUGCUCUGCAACCUGGCCAACCAGCUCUACUAUCCCUGCGAGCACAUCGCCUGGGCAGCGGACGCCGGUGUUGUCCGCCUCGGCUCGCGGAACUGGUGGACGCUGAGCACAGUGCUCUGGGCUUUCUCCCUGCUCCUGGGCAUCCUGCGAUCCCUGAGAAUCUUGUUCCAGUUAAGAAGAAAGCUGAGGCAGCACAAGUGCAGUACAAAGGAGAGUCAAAAGGAAACAAAAGCCCAAGUAAAGGCUGAAGUUUUGAGCAUCCUCACAGACGCAGCAGAUCUCUCCAACGCAAUCCACUGGCUGCCGCCGGGAUUCCUUUGGGCUGGCCGCUUUCCUCCCUGGCUAGUCGGUCUCCUGGGGACCAUAUCUUCCCUGAUUGGAAUCUACCAGUCAUCUGGAGGAGGAAAUUCUGAAGCUGUAUAAAACAUAAUUAAGCUUCAGGAGGCAAAUUUUUACACGGCAAAAAUGCCUUUAGUGUGAGGCAGGGUGUAUUUUAACAUGCCUGGGUGUUUUUGGUUGUAAUUUCACACAUCCUGUAAUUGGGACUGUAGUCAAGAUGUCUAUUACAGAGAGGAUUGUUUGCGGCUAACAAGUUUUAUCACUCUUCAUCAGAGAAAUCUUUCAGGUGAACCCUCUGAAAAUCAAGAAAUCUCCUAAGACUGGGAAAAUAGAGGGGAAAAGUCACUUCCAUUCUUCCUUCCUCUGUCCCAAAAGACACAUGCAGUAAUUUAAAAGAGCACAAAGUCAGCGUUAGGCGGGGAAGAGGCCAUGGUUCUGUCGCACAAAACUCCUCUGGUCUCGGUGCCUUGUCUGAACCAGGGAGGGGUGACUGGUAUCAGGGAACUUUCUCCAUCAGAUAUUUUGGUGUUUGAGCCCGGAGCAGGUGCCCCAAGCACGGAGAGGAGCAAGCGGUUAUUGUGGCUGUGACUGUUGUGUUUUGAGGGGAAAUGGGAAAGGAACAGCAACUGUUCACAGUUCCUCGAGAGGCUUUCUUCUGGGCUGUGUUGCUCAUCUUAAGGGGAAAUACUGAAAGUUGAGACUUCCUGGGGGAAACAAGAGGCAGCGCUCAGCCUCCAGCCGUGCCUUUAUGGAAUGCCACCGGGUGGAGCUCUUCCACCAGGCUCCAGCAGCAGCCAACAGACUUUUUUUUUAAAAAACAGCAAAUUUAUUAAUCACCUUUCAAAGGACCAAUCAAACCAAUGCCAAGAUGAGUUUUAUAGUUAUAUUUCUAGGCGGUACCAAUAAUAAAUGAGACAAAUACUUCAAA